AGUAUCCCGCCGUCAGAGGCGCGCAGUGCUAGUUUGUGUUUUUUUUUGCUGUGCAGAAUUUCAGAAAAAUGUCGAAAAAAGGGAUAAAAAGUGAUAAGAUGGUUGAUAACAUCUCAAAAUACGCCAAGAGGGUGAAGCAGUACAUCGCGGAACUGGAGGAAAACAGCCAAGUCAUGACGCUUCAUGCUCUGCAGAGCCUCAAGAAAAUCCUCAAAAUCAUCACAAAGUGCAUCCAAGUGUCCUUUGGGCACUUCAGAGAGCCCGUGAUAAAGAUCUUAAAGCUCAUUGCUCGACUGAGGGAGAACAGCAGCGUUGAGGUGUACGUGGAUGUCCUGGAUUUAAUGAUGACGCACUUUGUGGAUGUGAUUCUGGCCUGCAAGAAUUCCUGGAUAACUCUGAGGCUGAUCUUGCGUUGCUGCUUGUUUGUGAUGAAGUCCCUUCCGGAUGAGAUUGUGAAGGAUAUUGCGAUCCUGCACAUGCAGAAAAUAGCCCUGAUCCGGAGAUGCCUGAGAAUUGCUGGAGACUUCAGGAAUCAGCGUGUUGUCAUGCUGUUCUUCUUUCAGUGCGCCAGGGCAAUGUCCAAGGACGAAUUGGAUCAAUUUGCUUUGUUGAUUUUUCCCCCGAAUGAACUCUGCUACCUUCGGAGGGUUUUCACUUCUUCCUGCUUCCCGAGUCUCGAGUGCAAGAUCCGAAGUGCUCUCAAUGAGUACAAUGAUCUCUUGCUCAGCAGGGAGGUUAUCUCCUUUCCGGUCAGUCAUGUGGAUCUGGGUGAGCUCAAGUGCGUCCCGAUGCAGGGAGAAACCAUCUGGAUCGACUUCAACAGCGACCCGAUGAGCCUCUCCAUCUACUGCAGCUCCAGGUUCCUCACCAAUAAUUCCCAGGACAGGCUGACACUCAUUUACAUCCCGGUGAAGACCAUCUCUGGAUUUGUCACUUAUCACAACAACUUCGAUGAGGAUUUAUUCAUUAUAUGCCGGGAAAGGUUCAAAAUAGUGGAUGUUGAAUCUGGAGAUGAAGAUAUGUUUUUGAAUAUCUGUGACAUCAAGAUCACAUUUUUUAUGCACGAACGCAAUCGUGAUGAUGGAAUGGCCACUUUGAAGAAAAUAGAACGUAUUGUGUCUCAAAAAAAUGAAGAUCAGACCUCUCUGAAAUUUAUCAAACAUAAUUUCGGGACGAUGGUCAAUGUUGAAGGGGCCGUAACUCAACGAAUGGUACAGAAUAUGAAUUUUGAAAUGACAAAUCAGUCAUUCUGUAACUAUUCGUCAAUGGAUAUUGGUGGUGAGGAAUCAAUGCAGAUUACACCAGUAGAACUGUCGCCGAUACCUGAGGAACCUGCUGUUGAGAAUAAUUCAACAUUUUCCACGGAAAAAGUUUUGAAAGCUGUUGAGGAAAUUCAAGAAGCCGUUCAGAAAAUUAAAGAAUCUUAUGAAGAAAUUGAGAAAACAGGAGAAGAGAUUCAGCAAACACCUCAGAAAGAUAGUGGCCAAGAAGAAGCGAGUUUUGAGUCAAGUCAGGAGAAUCCUCCUUCUUUGAGUUAUAACGGUUUACCAAGUCCUCGAAGUUCCAGUUCUUCCGAUAAUGACUGUACCGAGGAACCGCCGAAAAGUCCAGGGGAAUCUACAGGUAACUGCGUCAGUCAGAAGGAACCUCCUCAAACGAAUUCUGAAAGAUUCACAACGAACAAACACAAAAGUGAAUUAACCCAACGUUGGAUGGAAGAGAAGACAUUUGAUUCCUUGAUCAGUGGUCUAUCAGUUCAGAAGACUACGGUGAAUUCUAUCAAUUCACAAAAGAGUGCUUCAAUUGAAAAUGAAGACAACGACAAGAUGCUCAGUCAACUGAUUACACAGGAAAACCCUGCUCCGAAAUGUUCAUCUCGUGAGAGAGUUUCGUGUGUCAGUAAUCUCGAUUUUUCCGCAGAUAACACUUUGCAAACGGUUCCCAAGUCUACAAAGACUCGUCAAAGAAAGAAACCGUUGUCAUUUGAUACCAGGAUUUCUAUGUUACACGGUCGGAGGAUGUUGAAGAUGUCUUCCGUUCCGAAAAACAAAGCCGUAAAGUCAACGCCUUCAAAGAUCAAUCCUUCUUCCCAAAAACCACCUGAAAUGGAGAUCAAGGCAAAUUCUUCUCAAUCAAGUCCGGAACUCGUUCAAAAAAAGCUGUUUACGAAGCGUUUAAAGAAUCCAAGGAAGAGUCCUGCUAAGAAAAUUGUCCCAGAUCGAGCUGCGAAAUCUGCAAAAACGUAUACCGAAUUUUUUAGCAGUUCUGAAGAUUCCGUGCUAGACGUUACUGAGACCAUUGAAGAUUUUUUGCAGCGUCAAAAGGAUGACCAAGAGAUCGUAACUAACGACGAUUUUGAUAAUAUUCGCAAUGAAUCGAUUAAGGCCUUAGGUUCAAAACCUGAAGAUACAGUCGACGAGAAUGUUAAUCGGGAAAGUUUGAAGGGGGUUGCUUCUAUGGAAAAUUCCCUUAAGAACGUUCCGAGAGAGGAGAUCGAAGUUACUUCGUUGCAAUCAAAUGAGGAGAUGCUCUCACGUCCUAGAAACUGCAGUGUUUUUGAAAAAGAGGCAAUUAAGAAACGUGAGGCACUUUUGAAGUCUUCAGAUAAAGGAACCAAGAAGACGACGAAUGAUAAAGCAUCUGAAGACUUCGUGAACUUGAUCAGUCAGGAAGAUAACAUUGAAGAUGUUUCUGAAAGCAACGUCAAGAAGAUCACUUUGGCUUCAAAGGAGAACGUUCAGAUUGAGGAGGCCAAAGAAGAGGAGAACGAGAUGAACAUUUUUCAAUCAAGUCUGAAUACGUCCCACAUGACGUUUGUUGGCUGUCCGAGUCCGAACAGUUCAGGAACUUUUGAAGAUGAACCGAUCCAUGAAACUUCGAAGAUGGAAGAAAAGCCUUCGAAGAAACCAGCUUCUGUUCCAAAGAAAACUCCGAAGAAACGGAAGACUGAUCAAACUUUGAAGGUCCUGGAAGAGUCGUCAAAGAACCCAGUUUCUCUUCCCAAGAAAACUCCAGUGAGACGCAAAACUGGUGAAAUUUUGAAGAUUCCAGGAGAGUCUACAAAGAACUCAGCUUCUGUUUCAAAGAAAACUCGGAAGAAGCGCAUGACUGUUGAUGAAUGUUCAGAGAAGGAUGUUUUUGAUUAUGCUUCAGAAGAUAAUGUUCCUGAUUUUGGCAAGGUCAUAGAUAAAUUGGUGCAACGUGACGAAGAAGAGAAGGAGAAUAUCUUCGAAAGCGUUGACGAUGCAACUACUGCAGUCAAUGUGAAGAAGAGGAAGCUCUUCAAUCCUCAAGAGAAUAUUCCGAAUGAAGAAGUGGGAGAGAUCAAAGAUGAACCACCGAAAAAGAAGUACAGGUUCUUUAAGAGUCGCAACAGUACACCAUCGGACAUUGUAAUUGAUUCAGAGUGUAGUCAGACGAGUGAGGGAAGGAAGCCUUCGGCCAAGUUACAGAAGUUUCAGAAGAAUAUCUGGAAGAUCAAUAAUAAGGCCAAGAAGGUCGGCAGUGGUCGUGGAAGGAACACGACAACUAAGGAAGAUGGGAGGAACAACGUAAAGAAUAAGGGACGGUCGAAGAAAAUGAGUGCACCAAUUGUGAAGAGGUGCUUGGAUUUUGGAACAGAGGCUGGACUUCUUGUGUCCAAAAUCACUCCCAAUCGAUCCAGCUUGAUAUGUAGCACCUCCGCAACGCCCUUCAAGUCUCCUGCCUAAGACACGAAGGGGAGGCCACGAGGUGCAACUUCCCUAUGUUAUUUUUAAUUUUCUUCUUUUCCAGUUGUUUCGCAAAGCAAAUAUCAAUGAAUUCUGUAUCAAGUAUUUUGUAUUUUGAAGUUCAUAUCCAUAUUAUGAAAAAGGAAUACUUAAUAAAUGAAGUUUUCGAACUGUUUCUUGAAUAAA